AUGAAUCACAGUCGGACAGAGACAAUAAAUUUAGAGGAAGAUACUACUCCUGAUCCCGAAAUAAGCACGACUGCUGAGGAUUCGACUGCUGCUACUGAAGAGAGCACCACAACGGAGGAAGAUACUACUCCUGAUCCAGAAAUAAGCACCACGGCUGAGGAUUCGACUGCUGUUACUGAAGAGAGCACCACAGCAGAGGAAGAUACUACUCCUGAUCCAGAAAUAAGCACCCCUGCUGAGGAUUCGACUGCUGCAACUGAAGAGAGCACCACAGCAGAGGAAGAUACUACUCCUGAUCCCGAAAUAAGCACGACUGCUGAGGAUUCGACUGCUGCUACUGAAGAGAGCACCACAACGGAGGAAGAUACUACUCCUGAUCCAGAAAUAAGCACGACUGCUGAAACUGAAGAGAGCACCACAGCAGAGGAAGAUACUACUCCUGAUCCAGAAAUAAGCACGACUGCUGAGGAUUCGACUGCUGCUACUGAAGAGAGCACCACAGCAGAGGACGAUACUACACCUGAUCCCGAAAUAAGCACGACUGCUGAAACUGAAGAGAGCACCACAGCAGAGGAAGAUACUACUCCUGAUCCAGAAAUAAGCACGACUGCUGAAACUGAAGAGAGCACCACAGCAGAGGAAGAUACUACUCCUGAUCCAGAAAUAAGCACCACGGCUGAGGAUUCGACUGCUGCAACUGAAGAGAGCACCACAGCAGAGGAAGAUACUACUCCUGAUCCAGAAAUAAGCACGACUGCUGAUACUGAAGAGAGCACCACAACGGAGGAAGAUACUACUCCUGAUCCAGAAAUAAGCACGACUGCUGAGGAUUCGACUGCUGCUACUGAAGAGAGCACCACAACGGAGGACGAUACUACUUCUAAUCCAGAAAUAAGCACGACUGCUGAGGAUUCGACUGCUGCUACUGAAGAGAGCACCACAACGGAGGACGAUACUACUUCUAAUCCAGAAAUAAGCACGACUGCUGAGGAUUCGACUGCUGCUACUGAAGAGAGCACCACAGCAGAGGAAGAUACUACUCCUGAUCCAGAAAUAAGCACGACUGCUGAGGAUUCGACUGUUGCUACUGAAGAGAGCACCACAACGGAGGACGAUACUACUUCUAAUCCAGAAAUAAGCACGACUGCUGAGGAUUCGACUGCUGUUACUGAAGAGAGCACCACAGCAGAGGAAGAUACUACUCCUGAUCCAGAAAUAAGCACGACUGCUGAGGAUUCGACUGCUACUACUCCUGAUCCAGAAAUAAGCACCACUGCUGAGGAUUCGACUGCUGCUACUGAAGAGAGCACCACAGCAGAGGAAGAUACUACUCCUGAUCCUGGGGAUUCGACUUCUGCUCCUGUAGAGAGCACCUCUGAGAGUACCUCAGAUGAGGUAGAUUCGACAACUGGCCUCGCCAGCUCAUCCCCAUCGGAUUCAACAUCCGAGCCAGCGAUAACAAGUCCUUAUUCCACUGAGACGACUUUGUCUGGAACUGGAUCGACGUCUAGCCCGGCGACGUCACCUUCUCCUUUACCGCCGAUGUCAUGUGCCAGUGGGGCUCAAUACUUGCCUCAUCCAUCGGAUUGCCAUAAAUUUAUACAGUGUAGCAACGGACAUGAGAAUAUCAUGAAUUGUGCAGAUGGUCUCUUCUGGAAUUAUCAGAAUUUAUACUGUGGCUAUGAUGACAGCGGUUGCUACAACAAUAGUGGAAAUGUUGCUCCCGAUAAAAAGAUAUGCAAGAAGGGGAUAGAUUUUCUGGCACAUCCAACCGAUUGUACGAAGUAUAUCCAGUGCAGCAAUGGCCAACCAAUAGUCCAAAACUGUCCCAAGCCUUUGUAUUGGAAUCCCGGCAUGAAAGUAUGCGAUUGGUCCAGUAGCUCCUGUAAAACUCAGCAACAAAAGAAUGAAACUAUAUCUUGUGCAAUGGGUAUGAAUUUCGACGUUUUCCCAAACGACUGUGCAAAAUUUAUUAAGUGUUUCGGUGAGCGUGGCGUAUUAAUGAGCUGUAAUUCUGGACUGUUCUGGAACCCUGUAAAGGAAGUAUGCGAAAAAUCCCAGCGGUUUUGCCAGUAAUGUGCUUGAACAGUUACUCGUAUAAUAUUAUUAUUUCUUGGUAAAUUUUGUUUUAAUUGAAUUUUAAUUACAG